AUGUUAAACCACUUCAUGGACACAGCCCACAUGGGCCCCCUCAAGCUGAGCCCGCCACACGCUAUUUCAGGUGAAUCUACAGGAUCCCACGCACAGGGAAACCACCAGUUUGCAGCUCAGGCCAACGGCUAUGCUGGACCUCAUGCCCAUCACCAUCACCAUGGCCAUGUCAGUAGCUAUGCUGCACGAGACUUUUUCCUGCGAAGGGAGCAUAUGCCGACUUUAGCCAGUAGUCUAGGUACCCACGAUGGACUCGGCACCAAUGGCCCCACGCAUCAUGGGAUGUUUGUACCCUCCUCGGCGACGCUGCACGGAGCCCAUCACACAGGAGACCCUUCCUCUACGCAUGUGCUUUUUCCCGGUUUUGAGUACUCUGCGGCCCACCACACUGGACAUAUGAACGGACAGGUCAGAUUGUCUUUACCUGGUGCUGACAUGUAUGGACGUCCAGACACUUUCAACCAAAUUGGUGGUCCGAGGUCUGACCACCUAGCCGGAACCUAUGGCGCUAUGAACAUGGGGCAUAUGAACAUGGGUCCCCAUGGUCCUGGAGCUUUCUUUAGGUACAUGCGGCAACCAAUAAAACAAGAAAUGACGUGUCUAUGGGUAGAUCAGGAACAACAGAGCCCCAAAAAACCGUGUAACAAAAUAUUUACUUCCAUGCACGAGAUAGUGACUCACAUUUCGGUGGAACAUGUUGGUGGUCCCGAGUGUUCAAAUCAUAUAUGUUUUUGGCAGGAUUGCCCUCGAAAUGGACGGCCCUUCAAGGCUAAAUACAAACUGGUCAACCACAUACGGGUCCAUACGGGAGAGAAACCUUUUCCCUGUCCUUUCCCUGGAUGCGGAAAAGUGUUUGCCAGGAGUGAAAAUCUUAAGAUUCAUAAACGAACACACACCGGGGAGAAGCCUUUUAAGUGUGAUUUCGAGGGUUGUGAUCGAAGGUUUGCUAACAGCUCCGACCGGAAGAAGCACUCUCAUGUGCACACAAGUGACAAACCUUACAACUGUAAGAUCCGAGGUUGCGACAAAAGCUACACACACCCAAGUUCGCUACGAAAGCACAUGAAGGUGCAUGGCAAGUCUCCGCAGCCACCUGGUACAGCGCCGGAUUCCACAGGCAGUAACAGCUCUAUGUCCGACUACGACAGCGACUCUCAAACUUGCGCCACAACAAACGGGAACAACGUCAACGGCAACGCGUUAGUCGGAUCCCAGCCUACAGCCUCGGUGCUGGGUUCAGGUCUACACGGUCACACGACGCUACCCUUCACUGCAAACCCCGGACUUGGAGGGAGUGGAGGCCACCCGACUAACCUAAGUGAAUGGUACGUGUGUCAUUCUGUAGCAGGUAUGCCCACUCCCCCUAGCAAUGAACACUCACCCGUGGUUGGAAUGACUCAUCACCUUCAUGGGUCUCCUCCCUACUGACCCAGGUAGUCUCAGGUUCAUUUCGGACAGCAAAUGUACAAAGACUGUGAACUAAAAUCAAUUAUUGCUUGAGUAAUCACGAACAUGGACAACUACGUGUAGAUAUUAAGCAGACUCUCUAGACUGAAUAACCGUGUUCCAGUUCUUUCAAAGAGAGUCACAAAUGUUAGGCUUAUCGUAGGUUUUUUUUUGUUUUAAGUCGGACCUCAUUUUAAUUAAGCAUUGCCUUUGGUCAUGUGAACCAUAAAUAAUUAUUGUACA